UCACUUUUCUCUCUCUUCCACUCAUUGGUUCUUUACUUCUCUCUCUAAAUUAUAGAUAUAGUAAUGUUAGAGAGAGAAGUUCAGUUCUCAUAGAUCGAACCCAAUUUUCAUUUUUUUGCUCUUUGAGUCUCCGAUCGAAUUUUCUCGGUCACUUUCCCGCAUUUUCUCGAGAGAAAGAAAGGGGAAGAAAGUAUGGAAUUGCCAGCAAAUGUGUCAGCUUUUUUCUUAAGAUAGUGACUGAAACGACACAGUUUCAAAAAAAAAAAUCCAAAAAUUUUUCUUUUUGAGGUAGCAGAAACUCUCUCUCUCUCUCUCUCUCUCUCUCGCGUUUUCCACAAUGCAGAAUGGAAUCUCUGUAUUUCGAGGCUUAAUUUGAAUGCUUUAAAUGAAUAUACAACGUGAUCCCACUUCCUUUUUUUUUUUUUGGUUUUUUGAACUUCAAAGUUUGAACCUUUAGCAUCUGCUUCUUAAAAAGUGAUUCGAUUUUUGUUUAACUUUGGUUUGGGUAUUCGUUUUUAGGGUUGUUGAGCUGAUUGUUGAAGACUUUGAGGAUAAAAGAGAUGAGGGUUUUAAGGGUAUUUCUGAGGUGGGUUUUGGAUGGUAAUGAGAGAUAACUAUCUGGGUUUUUGAGGAUUUGAGUGAAGCUUAGAGUGGUAGAAUUGUAAAUUGAAGAGGUUUUGUGGGGAGAUCUGUUUCGGGAGCUUUCAAGGGGAUGGUUGAUGAAUGUGUGUACCGUUAAGUUCAAAAUAUCUUUACAGUUGUUGCUGUUAAAGUGUUUUUGAAGUGGAAUUUAUUAAGAACAUGAUGAAUUUACUUGAUUUUAUUAGUGGGUUUUGAUAAUUUUGAGGGUUGGAUAGGCAAUGUUGAGGUUUUGAGUGAACUAAAGAGCUGUAAAGUGAAAACGUAGGACUGCUUUGAGGUUCAAAAGGAUUAAAGCUGAGAUCUCUUGAGAAUUAGAGUUGAUUUGAGAGAUUUUAUAAUCUAUGUCCGGUGCUCCAAGAUUGAGGUCGAUGAAUGUGGCCGAUUCUGAGGCAAGGCCCGUGCUGGGACCUGCAGGGAACAAGGCGGGUUCAUUGAGUGCAAGAAAACCAGCUUCAAAGCCUUUGAGAAAGGUUGAAAAGUCUCCGGUUGAGGUCACUGUAGCAGAGGAGAAAAAAGCCUUUCCACCAUCUACUGUCAAUUCACUUUCUCCAAAAACGCAUUCUGUUAGUGUUCCUUCAGUGCUACGCCGCCACGAGCAGUUAUUACAUUCUAAUUUAUCACUAAAUGCUUCUUGUUCAUCCGAUGCUUCCACGGAUUCAUUUCACAGUCGAGCAUCUACUGGUAGGUUAAUUCGGUCAAAUAGUGUAGGAAGUAGGAGGAAGCCAUACGCAUCAAAGCCGAGAAGCGUUGUUUCUGACGGUGGUUUGGAUUCACCACCUGAUGGUUCACAUCAGAAGAAGAGAUGUGCCUGGGUGACACCAAAUACAGAUCCAAAUUAUGUUGCUUUCCAUGAUGAAGAGUGGGGAGUUCCUGUACAUGACGACAGGAAAUUGUUUGAGAUGCUUGUGCUUUCGGGUGCAUUGUCUGAACUUACAUGGCCUGGUAUACUAAGCAAAAGGCACAUAUUUAGGGAAGUUUUUGUGGAUUUUGAUCCUGUUGCUGUAUCAAAAUUGAAUGAGAAGAAGUUAGUAGCACCUGGUAGCAUCGCAAGUUCCUUGUUGUCAGAACUAAAGCUGCGAGCUAUCAUUGAGAAUGCACGCCAAAUAUCUAAGGUUAUAGAUGAAUUCGGGUCAUUCGACGAAUAUAUUUGGAGUUUUGUGAAUCACAAGCCUAUAGUUAGCAGAUUCAGGUAUCCUCGCCAGGUUCCAGUUAAAACUCCAAAAGCAGAUGUCAUAAGCAAAGAUCUGGUAAGAAGGGGCUUUCGGAGUGUGGGGCCCACAGUCAUCUACUCGUUCAUGCAGGUAGCGGGAAUAACCAACGACCAUCUCACGAGUUGUUUCAGAUUCCAGGAAUGCAUAACAGCAGCAGAAGGAAAAGAUGAAAAUGGUAUCAAAGAUAUGCCUGAAGAGAGAAAAACCGAUAACGUGAUGGAAUCAAAGUUAUCCAUAGCUAUCGACGAAUUGAGCUUCUCAUCAGAAUGAUGUUGGAUUGGUGGCAGAUGGCGCUCCAGACACCGGCAUCAGGAGCAGCAGGCUGCAGGAAACCAGAUUUUGCCACCGGAUCUGUCGCCAUCAGAUUCUUGACCACACGGUUAAUAGGUGGGGGAGGGGGCUGGUUUGAGGGUGGAUGCUAAACCCUGUAAGUUGCUGGACAGCUAAAACUUUCACUGGCAAGUCCAUUUGUUUGCUUUAAAUGGAUGGCAAUAAAGGGGUUGGGGGCAAAAUGUUUGUGUGUCCUUAAGGACAGGGGGAGGACUCCAUCUUACAAGACAUGAUGCUUGUGCCGUUGGCCCCAAUAUUUACCAAUGAUGUAGGGUACCUCUGUUUCCUCCUUUUAUUGAGAUAAUAAUGGCUUUGAUGGAUGCUUUGUCUGACAAAAAACAAAAAGCCUUGGACAACUUCCAUGCUUUGUCCUUCUAAGCUUUGCAUUAGAUCCGGACAGUAACCG